GGUGAAGCCUCAGGAGAGGCUAAAAAGAGGGCAUUUGAACAGACUUGAAGGAGAGCCUUCCAGCCGGAGGGACCAGUAAGUGCAAAGUUCUGGCUUCCAGAGGAAGGAGGCUGGUGCCCGGGGUGAAGACGGAAGAAGUGGAGGCCAGAGGUCGGUGGAAUCUUGUAGGACAGUGAGUGAGAUGGAAAGCCAUUGCAGAGAUACAGCGUGCCUUACAUUUUAGAAGGCUGAAUCUGGCUUCAGUGUGGUGAAUAAACCACAGUGGGCUGAGGAUGGGAGCAGCCAGAGCAGGAAGGAGCCAGUGAAGAAAUCCAGGCGAGAGAUCAUGAAGAUUAGGACCAGGUGGAGGCAAUGGAGGUGGUGAGAAACGGACGGAUGCCAGAUGUAUUUUGAAGGAAGAGCCAGCAGGAUACCUGCCACAACAACAACAACAAAAACCAACCAACCAACAACAAAACAAAACAAAAUACGGGGAAAAAAUGGCAGAGGAGUAAAUAUAGGAAUGGAAGUAGAAGCCAGGGUCCCAUCUCUACACACUGCUACAAAGGUGUAAGUCCCAAAUCUCCAAAUGAUCAGAAGCCAUUUGUCUCGAAGGGAAACGGGGAGGAAAUCAGAAACAGAGAAGAGACUGGACUACAUUUUGCUUUUCUCCACUCUUCUAUGCUGAAUCCCUCCCCCAAAAGAUGCUGAAGUCCUAACACCCAGUACCUCAGAAUGUAACCUUUUUGGAGAAAGGAUCUUUAAAGAGGCAAUUAAGUUAAAAUGAGGUCACUGGGGUGGGCCCUAAUCUAGUAGGACUGGUGUCCUUACAAGAAGAGGCUAUUUGGAUACAGACACAACAGAGGGAAGGUGGUAUGAAGGCACAGGGAGAAGAUGGCCAUCUACAAGCCAAGGGGAGAGGCCCUCAGAAGGAACCAGUCCUGCUGUCACCUGGAUCUUGGACUUCUAGCCUCCAGAACGCAUCUCUGAAUGUAGGAAGUCCAGUUGAACAGCCAUGGAAUGGGACAAUGACACAGGCCAGGCCCUGGGCUUGCCGCCCACCACCUGCGUCUACCAAGAGAACUUCAAGCGGUUACUGCUGCCGCCCGUGUACUCGGUGGUGCUGGCAGCCGGCCUGCCACUGAACGCCUGCGUCAUUGCCCAGAUUUGCACAUCCCGCCGGGCCCUGACCCGCACGGCCGUGUACACCCUGAACUUGGCCCUGGCGGACCUGCUGUAUGCCUGCUCCCUGCCCCUGCUCAUCUACAACUAUGCCCAAGGCGACCACUGGCCCUUCGGAGACCUCGCCUGCCGCCUGGUCCGCUUCCUCUUCUACGCCAACCUACAUGGCAGCAUCCUCUUUCUUACCUGCAUCAGCUUCCAGCGUUACCUAGGCAUCUGCCACCCUCUGGCCCCCUGGCACAAGCGUGGGGGCCGCCGGGCUGCCUGGCUAGUGUGUGGGGCUGUAUGGCUGGCCGUGACGACCCAGUGCCUGCCCACAGCCCUCUUUGCUGCCACAGGCAUCCAGCGUAACCGCACGGUCUGCUAUGACCUGAGCCCACCUGCCCUGGCCACCCACUACAUGCCCUAUGGCAUGGCCCUCACAGUCAUCGGCUUCCUGCUGCCCUUUGUUGCCCUGCUGGCCUGCUACUGCUGCCUGGCCCGUCGUCUGUGCCGCCAGGACGGCCCAGCAGGGCCUGUGGCCCGGGAGCGGCGCAGCAAGGCAGCCCGCAUGGCUGUGGUGGUGGCAGCUGCCUUUGCCAUCAGCUUCCUGCCUUUCCACAUCACCAAGACAGCCUACCUGGCGGUGCGCUCUACGCCUGGCCUCCCCUGCCCUGUGCUGGAGGCCUUCGCGGCCGCCUACAAGGGCACACGGCCCUUCGCCAGUGCCAACAGUGUGCUGGACCCCAUCCUCUUCUACUUUACCCAGAAGAAGUUCCGCCGGCGGCCACAUGAGCUGCUACAGAAACUCACAGCCAAGUGGCAGCGACAGGGUCGCUGAGUCCACUGGGGCAGGACACGUGGAGUCUGGGCAACCAUUGUGUUUGCCACUGUGGCUGGGGCAUCAAAAGCUCCACCAGCCCCAAACCAUGCAGAGAAUUAGAGCUUAGCUCAGCUGGGCAUAGAGACCCCCCCGACCCCAAAACUUCACCAGCAACUAUUUAUUAAGCCCUUUUUCUGAACCAGGCCCUGUGGGUACAGAGAGAGACAAGCCUGGGCCUGGUUCUCCAGAAGGUCUCAAGAAGCCGUGGAGAGUUGGGGAGAGAGUUAAGCUGCUCACAAAAAUAUAGUACGGCAUGUACUGUAACUGAGGAGUAUGCUGCAUACUUUGGAGUCACCAAUAAAGGGAAUAGGAGAAGAUGGGAGGGGUAAGUGAGAGCUUCUGGGAAGGGCCAUUUGAGCUGGGUUUUGAGGGAUGAAUAUGAGAUCUCUGGGGGAUGUGCUGUGUUCCAUUCAUUCAUUUGGUCCUCUCUGCUCCUUGUCCUCAUCUCCACACACUCCCGCCCCACCCCCGCUCACUACUCCUCCAUUCCUUAUUCCCUCCUCCCAGAUCUCAGUUUUCCUCCUGUGGAACAAUGUGGCCAGCCCAUGGCUGCUAGUAUGCCACACAGACCCAGUACUGGCAGAGCCAGCCAUGGCAAAGGGAGCGUUCCACCUUAGAAGGUUAGAGCGGAGAGAGGAAAGGGCAGAGGGACAAGGCAGGGAGGGGAAGGACUGUACAACUUCUUCAGCAUUUUUCUUUUAGCCCUGCCUAAUCUCCAAGGCUCUUCAGCCAAGGAGGGCUCUGCAGGAGUUCAACUCCACAGUAAUGUCUGAGGUGUGCUUGCAGCUGGUAGAGGAAGGGGGCAAACCAGGCCCCGGCCCAUCCUGGGAAUCCAUUGAAAGUGUCCUUGCUGGAGAGGCUGACAAUUUGGACAGAAGGCAGUUUGAUUCUUUGGGUCACAGCGAGGUAGAUGUGUGGGGACAUCAGAAGACAGACUAGUUCUUAGUCCCCAUACAGUGCAAUGCUGUGCCAAGCAGUCCAGGUGUUACCCAUCUUGCAUCUGAGACCAGGCUCUUCAGCUGCCUGUCACGGGGGAGUAAGAGAUGGGGGAGCAGAAGGCAGAGGGCCUCCGCCAACAGCCCAGGCUGAGCGCGGCAGCCAGUCCCAGAUGACUGUCCCAGCAGGAUGCCAAGAACUGCGACCCCUUAGUUACUUUUCCAAGAGUGGAAAUUGUGGGCCGCAGGUAAAUUCCAUUCCCAGCUUCCCUUGCAAGGCAGAAUAGCAUAAAGGGUUCAGACCCCAGAGCCAGUUCACCUGGGUGUGUAUCCUGGGUCUAUCAUUUCUAGCUGUGUUACUCUGGGGAAGUUAUUUAACCUUUUCAUACCUUAACUUCCAUAACUGUAAAGUGGGAGUAAUAAUGGUACCUAUUUUGUAAAGUUGUGAGGAUUAAAUUAACUAAUAUGUGCAAAGCACUUAGAACAACGCCUGGAACAUAGUAGGCAUGCAAUGAAUGUUACUGUUAUAAUGGUUUCGCCUUUUGCUCACACAAGUUCCUCUAGGGUCUGUCUCUAGGAAUAGGCAUAGGAGGUUUCUAAACAAGGAGCUUUAAGCAGGGGAGGUUGCAAGGGUUUUUCUUCCUCCUUUAGCUAGGAGGCAGCUAGUCUUUUAAGAAAAAAAAAUUCAGCACACUUUUUUGAGAAUAAGAGCCAUAAUCCAUGAGCCCCAUCUGUUCCUAUAAGAGGGAAAAAAUCAUUUAUUACAUGCCAGGACCAGGGAGGGAUUCCAAGCACCAUUUGAGGGGCUCGAAUUCCUCUUUCCCUUUCCCCUCCUUUUGUUCUUUUCCUCUUCCUCACCGCCCUUCUCCCUUCUCACUUUAACCCAGAGCACUCUCAGUGAUGGAGGGGCAGGGCAGGGGCUUACUCUGGGAAGGUCUGCUUGCUGGCAUGGGGACAGAGACGACACAGACAUGGGUGGAGUGCAGUGAGGGGCAGGAGGGACCAAAGGGGUUGCGGAAGACUUCCUGGGGGAAGGAGCGGUGCAGCUGGGUCUUAAAGGAUAGAUGUAAUUACACUGAAGGAAAAAGGGUAAGGGUGUUCCCUGGUGCAGGGAACAGCACAAACAAAGGCAUGGAGGCUGCCGGAGGAAGGAUAGGCGGGGCUGUGGCCUGAUAUAAAGCUGGAGGGUUAGCAGGGCUAGAGAGGAAAAGGCUGCCGGCCAGGAAAGCACUGGGGAGCCACAAGGACAGUAGUGGCCAUAGGCCGGGCUCUGUGCAUUCUGGGAACCAUGCAACGUGUGGUAUACUCAUUUUCUCAUUUAAUCCUUGUAAUACCUUAUAAUGGGGAAGCUGAGACCCGGAUGUGGGAACUGACUUACCAAGGUCACACAGCCUUUCUCUAACCCAAAUACUAGAUCCUCCCCUGCUUCACCCUCCCUUCCCUCCCCUUUCCUUUCUUCACCUGACUUCCAAGUGCCCACCUGCCCCACCCAGUCCUAGUAACUGGGGACCCCUAGGAAGUUGUGCCAACCACAAUGUCAAUUCUCUUUUAGUUAGGCACAGUCUCCUAGGAUGAAAACUUCAUUUCCUAGCCUCUCUUGCAGCUAGGUAUGGCCAGAUAAAUUACUCCUGGUCCAUGGGAUAUAAGCCAAAUGCCCUAAGGCAGUUUAAUAUGGGAGGAGGGAAUGUCUUUAAGAGACAGGUGGUGUCCGGCCUCCCUUCCCUUCUUGUUGCUUACAUUGUGACAUCACAGCUGGAGCACCAUCUUGGAACAUGAAAAGCAGCUUGCGUUUCUGACCAUUCCAGUUUGGGGUCACCUGAAUCCAGACUUUUGCAUGAGAGAGAAAUAAAUGUCUACCUUUUUUAAGCCACCAGUUUUUCAGGCCUUUGUUACCCACAGCCAGAACUAAUCCCUUUACUCAGUAUGCCUACUGAGAUGGUGGACCUCGGUGGAGGCCAGGCAGUGUCAUGGACUGGAAAGGGGACAAGGUCCAGCCUGGUGUGGAGGGCUGAGGCCUCCACCUAAGUAGGAGCUAGGAGUCAACAGGGUCUGGAGACACCAGGAAGGCUUCUUAGAAGAGUGGCAAAGCCUGGGGAGUGCUCAUCCCACUUUUGGCUUGAAGCUGAGGGAGUGGAUGGGCUUCCUGAGGAAGAGAGUAAGAAGAGAGGGCCUGGAUAGAGUCCUGGGAACUCUAGCAUCAGGGCGCUGGGAAGGAGGAGGAGCCGGAGAGGUAGAGGGUCAAAGCCUGGGGUUUCGGAAUGAUGGUGGCAUGAUGGCGCAGUGGAGGUAGGUGAGUCAAGGAGCAGUUGGAGGGGAAGAAGUGGAGAUGCUGGGUGGGGAAGAAGAGAGAGAGGAAGAUUCCAAAGGAGGCCAGGCCCAGGGAAGGAGCUUCCAAGACAGGAAACCCGUGAGUGUUGGCUGCUGGAAGUUGAUGACAGGGAGUCAGAGGGGCAGGGCCAAGAUGGGGGAGCCAGAGAGUCAGGAACCAGGGUUUGUCUCGGGAGACUUCCAUGCCAAGCAGGAAAAGCCCAGGGGCACUGGAUCUGUCCUAGCGAGGAUGCUGCUGGCUCCUCCCUCCAGCUCAGACCCAGGCCAACCCUCAGAAUCCAAGGGCUGGGGGUGCAGACAAGGAAACAGUUCAUCCAGCAAACAACAUUUAUUGAGCACCUACUGUAUGCCAAGCAUCAUGCUGAGCAUUGGGUCCCUGCCCUCAGUGAGCUCCUAGUCUGAUGGAGGAUGGCAAUAAUGAAAUAAACACAUACAUAUCUGGAUCAUUACAACCAGGAAGGAGAGCUCAGAAGAACAUAAAGAGGGCCAGGGGACAAGGAAGGUGUCACUAAGGAGACAAAACGCUCCUGGAAUGGUCAGGGACCAAUAGAGGCUGAGGACCAGGGGAGCCUUGACCCAGCUUGAGGUGAAGAGAAGGUUUCUUAGCUGAGGACUUUGGGCCUCAGUGCAGAAGGGCUGUUUCUGACUCUGACUUUGAACAAGCCCCCUUCACUUCUCUGAGCCUCUGUUUCUUUACCUGUAAAAUAACGUUAAUACUACCAGCCCUCCCUAUGCCCCCAGAGGUAUGGAGUGUGGAAAAGUUAGGGCAUAAUUUUCAUAAAGUACAAAAGAGUAUUAUAACCCAAGAGAAGAAUGGGCAGGAGACACAAACAGGCACUUCACUGAAAAGGAAACACAUCAUCAAAAAACAUAGAAGAGGUAUUCGACCCCAGCUUGACAAUGCCUCUCCAACGUUGAACAACAGCAUAGCUGUUGCUCCAGCACUUCUGCGCAUGUGCACGUGAAGUCACGCACAACACUGAGCUGCACUGUUCACAGGCACGAACAGCUGGAACCGCCCAAAUGCCCAUCCAUGAGAUAGUGGAUGAAUACACUGUGCUAUAUUCACACAUUGGAAUGUUAACACACAGCCAGAAUGUACUAUACCGACAUGCAAAGUGGAUAAAUCUUAGCAGUAUAUUAAGUACAAAGAAAUCCCAAAAAAUUAUACACAGCAAGAUGCCCUUUUUAUAAAGUUUUAAAUAACUAGAAUGAAAAUAUAUACUUUGAAGGAAUACACAGAUGCACUAAAACUAUAUGAAAAGGAAAGCAAGGGAAUGCUGAACACAGGAGGUGACGGUAACCGUGGGUGGCGGGAAAGCAGCAGGAGAAUGAGUGGUGGGAGAACUAUAUAAUGAGAUAUAGAACAUUGUAAAGGCCCUAGUUGUUUUGUUUUUUGAUGGGAAUCAAUUAAAUAACUGGUAAGAAUGUGUCAUGAAUAAAAGGUUACAAAUAAUCCAAUUCUGUGCACUUGAGGCCUAAUUAUACAGGAAAGGAGACCAUCUCGGGUCAAUUCUGUUUGACUUUGGAACGGAGUUAGGAGCCAGACUCCCCCUAAGACAGCUCCUGUCCAGAGCUCAUUGCUUCUUGGAGUCCCCUCACUCCUCAUCUUUCUCCCUGGUAAGUGCCUGAGGCCCAUCAUUGGCAUUGACUGUGACCAUCACAAUCUUCCUAUCUUCAUUUCCCCAAGGGAUUCUACAGCCCUGAUAUUGCUGGGUCACCACAACUCACUGGGUAGAUGGGUUAUUGUUUUCAUUCCCCUUUCACAGGUGAGGAGCCUGAGGCCCAAAGGGAAAGAGCAACAUGCUGAGGGCCACCUGUCACAUCUGUGAGGGUGCCUGCACUGGGCCCGGCUUAGUGUUGCUGUCCGCCCUGGCACCCAGUGCUUCCAGACCCCUUCUAGAUGAAUAUUCUGAGGGUUAAAAACACCCAGGCCCUCUCUGUGCCUGGAAGAUGACUUUGUCUCAUCCUGAAUCAGAAGGGGCUGGUGCGGGGAGCACUCAUGACAUCUGUAAGCAGCCAGGCCGAUCUCUGAUUGGGUGAGCUUCCCAUUGGGUGGAGGCCCAGCGUAGCUCCUUAAACACCCUCCCUCCCCACCAAGGGGAUUCCUGUUCCAAAGGCCCUGAGGAGCCCACCUCAAGGCCAAACUGCAGGGCGCUGGGAGCCUGUGACCUGUCUCUGCUCCUCUCCACCAGCUUCCCCAUCUGUGAUGUGGGAAUAAAAACCUCUAUCCUCUAUCCCAGCAGUGACGUGAAGACAGAAAAUGACCAGGUGUGACAGAGCUUGGAAAAUUACCAAUUUCAGAUGGCAAGGGCCAUCACUAUUAUUGGAGGGGGGCAGUGACUUCCAGGAUGAGGGUCCCCCCCACCAUACCAAAACAACCUAGAAGAGACAAGAGUCUGAUUGCAAAUAGAGUCAGAGAGAGGCACCCUUGGGGAAACCUAAAUCCACUCCAUACUUUUCAGAUGAGGCAGCUGAGGCCCAGGGAAGUGCAGGUAUUUACCCAAGGUCACACAGCAAGGAAAGGGCAGAGAGACAAUAGGCCAGACAGAGCUUUCUUCCUUGCUAUCAAUUUCCCAUUGAAGAGUGAGCGAUACGCUGGCCCCUUUGAGACAGAGAGGAAGUAAGGUUGAGUUGAGGGACUUAUUGGAGGCUGGUCUCAACUCAAAGAGGAAGAGCUUUCUCCCUAGUUAUUUCCCACAACCCAAGGGGAGCAGCAAGCAGGGCCCUGGGGUUCUCGCUGAACCCUCCGUGUCUCAUGCGGUAGUCAGGCAAUCCCUGAGUGUCUGCCUUCUUGCCCUACGCCCAGCCCUGCCUGUUCAUCUGGACCGGGGCCUCCUGCUUCCAGGGCCUCCUAGCUAAUGGGGCUCAGCCACAGUCCUCUUGGGCUAAGGGUAACAUGAGUGUCCGCUGUUCCUGGGGAGGCUGAUCCCAGGCCCAGGGAGGAGGAGGAUACUGCCUGGGGCUCAUCAGGGAUAUGGAACCAGCACAGGCUGUCUGGAGAAGCAUGGUGUUUGAAGCUCCUGAAAUCUGAAUUUGAGUCAUACCAGGAGCUGCCAUUUCCUGACUUUGACACUGGUCAAAGUUCUUCUUCAUGACCCACAGAGAAGGGGCAGUAAGAUCUACCUCCAAGGGUGGUGUGAAGCAGUAGAAGCCACCCACACCUUGCCUGACAGGAGGGCGGAUGGGAGUCAGGUAGGAGUGUAGGUUCGGCAGUGGUAAAUCGAGGGCGUUCCCAUCAAAGCGCCUUUUGUGUGUGAAGUCGAAGGAAGGGCAGUGCACUUU